AUGGAUAAGUAUGAACAAUUGAAGGAAAUUGGGAAAGGUGGAUUUGGAACAGCCAUCCUUGUCAAAUCCAAAGAGGAUGGACAACAAUAUGUCAUCAAGAAGAUACAUGGCUUAUCUGAAAUGUCGACUGAAGAGAGGCAGAAAGCUCAACAAGAAGUUGAAGUUCUUUCCAACAUGAGUCAUCCCUUCAUUGUCCAGUAUAAGGAAUCUUUUGAAGAGCGGGGCUGUCUGUAUAUUGUGAUGGACUACUGUGAAGGUGGAGACCUCUUUGAAAAGAUCAGCGCUCAGAAAAGAGAACAAGGACAACUUUUCUCAGAAGAGCAAAUCCUGGACUGGUUUGUGCAGAUUUGUUUGGCAUUAAAACACAUCCAUGAUAGAAAAAUCCUCCACAGGGACAUUAAACCACAGAACAUAUUUUUGACAAAAGAUGGGACUGUACAGCUUGGGGACUUUGGAAUUGCAAGAGUGCUGAACAGCACUGGAGAACUGGCAACAACAUGCAUAGGAACACCACUUUACCUACCACCAGAGAUCUGGGAGCACAAACCAUACAGCAACAAAAGUGAUAUUUGGGCCGUAGGUUGUGUCCUGUAUGAAAUGUGCACUCUUAAGCCUGCAUUUGGUGGUAUGGAGUAUCAGAAGAUCAUCAGUGGCUCAUACUCUCCUGUGUCUGAUCACUACUCCGAGGAACUGCGUUCUCUCUUGGCUCAACUGUUGAAAUGUGAUCCUGAAGAGAGACCCUCAGUCAGCAGCAUACUGAACAAACCUUUCCUCUGCUGCAGGAUACAUAAGUUCCUCACAUCACAGAUUGUUGCUCAGGAAUUUGGCCACGAUUUUCUUCACAAAGAACUUCUAGAGAGUGUGGUGCAGGGGUCAACAGCCUUUUUCAACUUUCUCUCCAAACUUGGACUGCAGACAUUUUAUCCCAACAAGCUCACUCUUCGCUCUCUUUUGGAAAUAAACAAAAACAGUUUUUAUAAUGAAACUGUUGAAUCACUGGAGAAAAUACCAUGGUGCUUUCUCAGGAAACUUUUUCAAAUCAACGCAGAAUGCAGAAACUGUACUCAAGUAUCAUACAAUGGUGAUGAUGAUGAUGAUGAGGAUGAUGAUGAUAAUGAUGAUGACGGUGAUGAGGGAAACAUUGACCUUGACAAAAACAUGGAUGACUCAACAGACAACAAGGUUAACCCUCUCGACCUCAUAGUUGCACUCUUUCUUUGUGCUGACAGCUUCUUGCAACAGGAAAUGGCCCUCAAGAUGUCAAUGUGUCAGUUUUCUGUCCCACUGCUGUUGCCUCAUGUUAAUAACAGUCAGUCUACUCUGAUGCUGUGGGCUCUGAGAGACAUCGUCAAAGAGUGGCGUCCACAGGAUUUGUCUGACUCUAGAGGAUUUGUUGAAGACAACAUUGUUCAAGCAGAUAUACCAUUCUUUACCUUUGUCAGGCUGAAAAACUGUAGUCUCUCCAAGUCACAGGUGUUGAAUCAUGUUCUCAGUCGUGGCCAACAGAAUCACAACAUCUUCAUACACAGAGAUAUGGAAGGAGGAAGUCUUAAAAGAGAAAUUGCCAAUGGUUUGGUCGAAGUUUGCUGGUACCUUCCCUGUGGAAGAGAAAAUCUUGACAUAUUUCCAGAACCAGUUGCCUUUGCCAAUUUGAGAGGAGACAUUUGUGAGUCACUGGCACAAUUCAAUUUUCUUUUUCGAGAGUCAACUGCUACCUUUGUGUUCCUGGACAAAGUUGAAGAAAAUGAGCAAAAGAUUCUGACUUCUCUACAAGAUGUGAAAUCCAAACUCUUCUUGGUUGUUAAUCGCAAGGACAACUCUGAAGAGGACAUGAUGUCUGUUAAGAAAACACUGAAAGAGUUACAGCUACCAAAAAGCAGAGUGAAAAUCAAAGACCCAAAGGUAAAUGUUGCAGCGCUUACAGAGAAACUUUGUGCAGCCAUCAAGACCUCACUGUCAGAUGUAUCAGCCACACUGAACAUUGUUAAUAUGGUUGGAAAAGCUGUUGCACAUGGUCUAUCUGUGGAUGAAAUCAAAAGUGACAAACAAAAGAAAGCAGUUGAGGAGAUCAUGGCGGAUAUUGAGGGACAGAGUAUACCAGACUACAAGAAACAACAACUUCCUCUGCAGGGAGAAAACUGGAAAAGAUUAUCACAGUUAGAGAAGGAGGAGUGUAGAUUGAAAUCUGGUGACUCAGGCCUUGAACAGUAUAAAUGCCAACUAUGGGAAGAAAAACAACAAAUUAGGAAGGAGCAAAGCAAACAAAAACUGUCUGAAGGAAUGAAGAGUUUCAUUAAUGCUGUAUCCACAGGAGACAAAGAGAAAAGAUAUUUUUUUCUUAAGUGGGUAAAACUUAAACUUAACGCACAUUCACGAAGCAAACUGUCUGAGCUGCGCAACAAAUUUAAAGAACAAUGCAAGAAGAAAGAUAAAAAUCUAACAUCAGAGUUAGAUCAGGCUUUGCUGGAAAGCUCGUUAGGAGUAGAGCAUUACAUGAGAGAGAUGGGACUCAUCUAUGAGUUCUCAAUUGAUGACUCAAGAAAACAUGCUGAUGAAAUAUCUCGUCUGCCUGGUUUGGCUGCUGAAAUGCUGUUGGAUGGAUUUCCUUUAGAGCUCUUGGAUGGAGAUGCUUCCAACAUCCCAGAGAGAUGGGUGACAGAUGUGUUGAUGGAGCUUCACAAGAAGGUUGGAGAACAGAGCAGACUGUUAGUACUGACUGUGCUGGGUGUUCAAAAUACAGGGAAGUCAACACUCCUCAACACCAUGUUUGGUGUGCAGUUUCCUGUCAGCAGCGGCAGAUGCACAAGAGGAGCUUAUAUGCUCUUCCUCAAAGUCGGAGAGGAAAGGAAAGAUGAGUUGAACUGUGAUUUUAUAGUUCUCAUCGACACAGAGGGUCUAAAGUCUCCUGAUCUAGCAGAACUAGAGGGCAGUUAUGAGCAUGACAACCAGAUGGCAACCUUUGUCAUUGGUUUAAGUGAUGUCACCAUUAUUAACGUUGCAAUGGAAAACUCAACAGAAAUGAAAGAUAUUCUGCAAAUUGCUACUCACGCUUUCCUGAGAAUGAAGGAAAUUGGUAAAAGGCCAGUUUGUCAUUUUGUGCAUCAAAAUGUUGCUGAAGUUUCAGCUCAUGCAAAGAACAUAACAGACAGAAAGCAUCUCUUGGACCAGCUCAAUGAAAUGACACAAAUUGCUGCUGAAAUGGAAAGGAAUCAUUCUAUUAAAGCAUUCACAGAUGUGCUGGACUAUAACAUAGACAAAAACAACUGGAACAUCCCAGGACUCUGGCAUGGAACCCCUCCGAUGGCACCAGUGAACACAGGUUACAGUGAAGCUGUAGCAGAUUUAAAGAGAAAACUUUUGCUGACAGAAGACAGAAGCAAUGAAGUCUCAAAGAUCCCAGAGUUUCUAGAAUGGAUGAAAAGUCUCUGGAAAGCUGUGAAAUAUGAGAACUUCAUCUUUAGUUUCAGAAACACUCUUGUGGCUCAGGCCUACGACAACCUUUGCAAAGAGUUCAGUCAAUGGGAAUGGCAGUUCACAAAAGAAAUCCUCUCCUGGCAACAAAAAGCAGAGUUGGAAAUCUUAAAUUCGGACAAUGAAUCUGAUAUUCAAACUUGGAACACAUUGGUUGAAUCAAAAAAAUCAGAGGUGUCCAAAAAAAUAGCAGAAGAAGAAAGAAAAAUGGAGAAGAAACUUACAAACUACUACAAAAAGAAAGACCAGAAUGUAAAUCUGAUAGAAAAAUACAAAAGUGACUUUUUCAAAAGUAUCAGUAGUCUUGCUGAGGAAAUCAGACAUUCAUCGAACAAUAAAUUGGAAUGUGUCCUUGAGCUAAAAAUUAGUUCAAAACAGGCUCAAGAUAUUCAGAGGAAAUACAGAGGCAGGAUUGAAGACAAAGUCAUGAAGCUCCUGAAGGCCUGUAAAGGCUCCACACUGUCUGAUGGACAACUGAAAUCUGAGUUUGAAAAGAUGUGGACUGAAGCCACUAAAAAUGUGUCUGGCCUGAAAGAACGAGAUAUCGCAGCAAGCAUUCUCCACCAGUUGAGAAAAAAUUUCUCAAAUCGGAAUGUUAAUGAGGAAUUUCAAAACAUUAAAGAUCUGAAGGAUUUUGGGAAGGAUCCAUUUAAAACCAAACAUGGUCAUAUAGACUCCUAUAUGGAAAAGUUAAAACAUCUGUGGAAGGGAGAAUUGCAAAAUUUUGUUGACACAGUCAUUGAGUCUUGCAAAUUGUUUGUGCUUGAUAAAGCAAACACAGAUUACCAUGAUUCUUUUACAAGAGAUCUUCUUAAAAAAAUUGAUGACUACCUCGAUCAAAAUUACAAGUAUCACAAAACAAAUGCAAAGUUUGAGAUUGACCUGAAACUUCACAUUUGUGGCAUUGCCUCAAGGGAAUUCCUCAAAAUCCACAGAAAAUACUUGUCAGAUAAAGAUCCUAAAACUCAGCUGGAGAAACACAAGAAACAGUACUUGACAGAUUUUCUUGAUUUAUACAAACAGAGAGAUGAUUGUCAACGAAAAGCAAAGGAUUUUGUCAGAUGUUGCAUCAAACCUGCUGUGGAAGAGUACAUCAAUAGAUGUUUGGGAAUACAAAUUUUGGAUGAAAUUUUGACAGGUUCUCAUUCAGCAGAGUACAGCUCCCGCUCCUCUUUCCAGUACAACAUUCAGGAAGAGUUGCUGCAAAAGGAUGACUUCAGUGUUUUUACCCCGUACAUUGUUAUGUAUGAAAUAUAUGUUAAGGAUUGGAUAAUUCAGCAAAUCCAGAAACAAAUGUCAGAGGAAAAAACUUUGUGCAAAUUGAAACAAAAGAAUCUGAAAGUCAUAAUCGACAAAAUCACAAAAGCAUUACAGCGAGCCUCAAAAGGACCAGAUGGUGUUCAACUGCCAGACAACAAUGAAAGCAUCACAAAGCUCAUCAGCAACAUGAGAAAAUAUUUGAUUAAAGACAUCUCAAUCUCAGAGGAGGAUGAAAAAGGCACCUUGUUUCAAAUCCAAAGCACAUGUCAUCCAUUUAUCAACAGCCUCAAAAUGUCAAUAGAAGACUUGAAAGAACAGCUUCAGGAGGAAUUCUCAAAGUCUGAAGACAUCACUGAGACUCUGAACAAACUUCCAAUCAAACCACAGGAUGAGCUUUUCAAGAGAGUGUUUGGUUGUGGAAAGCAAUGUCCAUUCUGUAAAGUUCCCUGUGAGGCUGGAGGAAAAGGACACGAUCAGCAUCAUGCAGCUGUUCAUCGACCACAAGGUCUCGGUAGAGUCAGGUAUGAAGAUACUGAGAAGCUGAUUGAAACACUGUGUACAACUGAUGUGUACAGUGAACGUAGAUUCAGAAACAAAGAUACUAAAUGGAAGUGGAAUCCUUACAAAGACUACACCAAGUACUAUCCAGACUGGCGCAUUCCUCCAGAUCCCAGCAUAGAGGCAUCUGACUACUGGAAGUAUGUACUGGUACGAUACAAUGACAGAUUUGCUGAUAUAUACAAUGCUAAGCCAGCUGAUGUUCCAGAGGCCUGGAGGAGAAUCACAAAGGAAGAAGCACUGAAGGGGUUAAAAGAUGCCUACAGCAUAAAGUGAAGAACAUAAAAAUGUAUUUAAA